GGGACUUUAAGGAAGAAAUAUAUAUAACACAACUCAUAAAGAAAGAGGCGAAGAGCAGCGGAAGAUGGGGAGGAACUCUAAUACGGAGAUUCUUGCUCCACCUGAUGACAGUGGUGAUAUAGGGUUUCAUUUGAUUCGAGAUAGGUUUCGUUUCAAACGAAAUACUCAUCCUGAGUACCAUAGGAAUCGUGGUGAAGAAGGGGGAGAUCAUCGGUCUGAUCGCCAAUGGCGAGGUCGAUCUAUUCCACAUCGAGGUGUUCGGAGGGUUUUCUCAUUCAGAGGAACCUAUUUCUUCUACGGUGCUAUUUUUUUCUCUGUCGUUUUGUUCAUUGUGGCGUCGAUAGUGUUGCAGACUUCGAUUACGUCUAUUUUGAGGCCAGGAAGGGAGUCUGGCAAGUCAGUUCGCGUAGGACUGAAGUUCGGUAGUUAUCUGAAAUUCAUACCCCAUAAGCUAUUGCGGAGGUUUGCCAAGCGGGGUGGUCUUGAUCGGUUGCGGAAGGAGGACAGAAUUGCGAUUCGCUUUCCCAGAUUGGCAGUUAUCUUGGGAAGUAUGGAGAAGAAUCCUUCUUCAUUGAUGCUUCUUUCAGUGAUAAAGAAUCUCCAACAGCUUGGGUACGUGCUUAAGAUGUAUGCAGUAGGUGAUGGUCAAGCAUAUUCACUGUGGGAGCAGAUAGGAGGUCGAAUCACCAUUUUGCAUCCUGAGAGAACUGUUCACGUUGAUUGGUCAAUGUUUGAAGGUAUAAUUGUGGACUCCCUUGAGGCAAAAGAAGCCAUUUCAAGCCUAAUGCAGGAGCCAUUUUGUUCUGUACCGCUGAUAUGGAUAAUUCAUGAGGACACUCUUGCAAAGCGUCUUCCAGUGUAUGAGGAGAUGGGAUGGAAACAUGUUAUUGCUGAGUGGAGAACUGCUUUUAGGAGGGCUGAUGUCGUUGUAUUUUCAGAUUUUUCCCUGCCGGUUUUAUACAGUAUGCUUGAUACUGGAAAUUUCUUUGUGAUUCCUGGAUCCCCAGUGGAUGUUUGGGAUGCAGAAAGCUAUACAAAGUCCCACUCCAAACUUCAAUUAAAGAAGGUGAACGAAUUCCAUAAAGAUGACCUGGUGGUUCUAAUUUUGGGGAGCUCUUUUUUAUACAAUAAGCUAUAUUGGGAUUAUGCUGUGGCGAUGCAUGCGAUUGGGCCCCUGCUGAUUAAUUUUACGAGGAGAUUAGUGGGUAGUGGAUCGGUCAAAUUUGUGUUCUUAUGUGGAAAUUCCACCAGUGGAUAUAAUGAUGCUUUACAGGAAAUUGGUUCACAUCUAGGACUUCCUCAUGGUUCCAUAAGGCUCUAUGGCAUGGAUGGUGAUGUGAAUGGUGUAUUGUUAAUGGCUGAUGUUGUACUGUAUGGAUCAUUCCAAGAUGAACAGGGUUUUCCUCCAUUGCUGAUUCGGGCCAUGUCCUUUGGAAUCCCUGUCAUUGCACCUGAUUUGCCAGUUAUAAAAAAAUAUGUCAUUGAUGGAGUUCAUGGCUUAAUUUUCAGAAAAAGUCAGCUUGAGUCAUUGAUGAGAGCUUUCUCACUUCUAAUUUCACAUGGAAAGCUAUCUAAAUUUGCUCAUGCAGUUGCUUCAUCUGGAAAGUUGCUUGCAAAGAAUAUGAUGGCAUCAGAUUGUAUAGCUGGAUAUGCAAAGCUUCUGGAAAAUGUACUCCACUUCCCAUCGGAUGCAUUGCUGCCAAUUCCUAUUUCUCGGUUUCAAAAACAUACAUGGGAGUGGAAUUUUUUCAGGAAGGAAAUGGAACGUGGAGGAAGAGAAAUCCCAAAAUUUGAUUACAUGAAUAGUUCUAUUGGAAAAUCCAGCGUUGUAUAUGCUCUGGAGGAAUUGGGUAGCUUUGAUCAUAAAAGGAAUAUAGCUGAAAAUGACACAAACAUUUUGACAGAGGAGAAUAUUACCCAGCUAGAUUGGGAUGUUUUAGAAGAACUAGAAGGUUCUGAACAACAUGAGAGACGAGAAUUGGAAGAGCUUGAUGAAAGGAUGGAGAAAACUUCAGGUUCAUGGGAUGAGAUCUACCGAAAUGCUCGGAAAGCCGAAAAACUUAAGUCAAGUGAAAGAGAUGAAGGAGAGCUAGAAAGAACCGGCCAAUCACUAUGUAUAUAUGAAAUUUACAGUGGAAAAGGAGCCUGGCCAUUCUUACGCACUGGUUCUCUGUACCGUGGGUUAAGUCUAUCAACCAGAGCUCGGAGAUCAACAUCAGAUGAUGUUGAUGCAGUUGGCCGACUUCCAGUCCUGAAUGACACAUACUAUCUGGAUCUGAUUUGUGAACUUUGGGGCAUGUUUGCUAUUGCAAAUAGGGUGGAUAACAUUCACAAGACACCUUGGAUUGGUUUUCAGUCAUGGCAUGCAGCUGGAAGGAAGGUUUCAUUAUCUGCUGAGGCUGAAAAGGUAUUAGAAGACACUAUACUGGCAGAAAAUAAAGGAGACGUGCUUUAUUUUUGGGCAAGAUUGGACCUAGAUGGUGGUGAUAGAGGAGGCAAUGAUAAGCUUACCUUUUGGUCAAUUUGUGACGUCUUAAAUGUUGGACACUGCAGAGCUGCCUUUGUGGAUGCCUUCCGCCGGAUGUAUGACUUGCCAUCAAAUGUAGAGGCACUGCCCCCAAUGCCUGAAGAUGGUGGUCAUUGGUCUGCAUUGCAUAGCUGGGUGAUGCCAACACCAUCCUUUCUUGAAUUUGUAAUGUUUGCAAGGAUGUUUGCUGAUUCUCUUGAUAGCUUGAAUAAUAAUAUCAACAAUUCUAAGACAUGUCUUCUGGGAUCCUCGGAGCUUGAGAAAAAGCAUUGUUACUGCCGGAUGCUGGAGCUCCUAGUCAAUGUUUGGGCUUACCAUAGUGCCCAAAAGAUGGUUUAUAUUGACCCAAACUCUGGUAUGAUCGAAGAACAGCAUCCAGUUGAGCAACGGAAGGAAUUCAUGUGGUCUAAGUACUUCAACUUUACAUUGUUGAAGAGCAUGGAUGAAGAUCUGGCAGAGGCAGCUGAUGAUAAUGACUCUCCAAGAGAAAGAUGGCUGUGGCCGUUAACAGGAGAAGUGCAUUGGCAGGGGAUUUAUGAGAGGGAGAGAGAGGAGAGGUAUAGGCAGAAGAUGGAUAAGAAGAGGAAGACCAAGGAGAAGCUAUAUAACAGGCAAAAGUACGGAUACAGUCAGAGAACACUUGGAGGAUAGGAUGCUCAAAAUAGUCUGGAGUUCUAACCACAACCUGGCUAUCUCCUCACACAAUUAAUAGUAUACACACAUGUAUCUGUUAUCAACUGAGCAGGAACCUUGGAAAGCACAUCCAGAUUGAGGAGAAGCACAAUUCUUUCUAACAUCACUAAAAGCCCUUUGGUUUGUUCAUAUUCUUUCAUUUAUCUUUUCCUCCGGAGUUUUGUGCUCCGAUGGAGUGGAGAGAAGGCACACAAGGAGCUUGAGUCCCAAGGAAGACAUAUUAAGUAAGCAGAUCUCAAUGCUAAGAAGAACUUGAAGGUGGGAGAUCUUGGUUUCUGAAGAUUUGAAAUUCAUUGUUAGCAUUUGAACGGGUGAUAGAAGCUAUAUUUUUUGCACCACUUGUAAAUUCACUCAAAAAUUUCAGAGGCAAUGUUAAUGAGAAUAUGAGUUGGUAUCUGCUC